CGCCCCCAGCGCCAUGGCGUGCAGCCUCAAGGACGAGCUGCUCUGCUCCAUCUGUCUGAGCAUCUACCAGGACCCGGUGAGCCUGGGCUGCGAGCACUACUUCUGCCGCCGCUGCAUCACUGAGCACUGGGUGAGGCAGGAGGCGCAGGGCGCCCGCGACUGCCCCGAGUGCAGGCGCACGUUCGCCGAGCCCGCGCUCGCGCCCAGCCUCAAGCUAGCCAACAUCGUGGAGCGCUACAGCGCCUUCCCGCUGGACGCCAUCCUCAACGCGCGCCGCGCGGCGCGACCCUGCCAGGCGCACGACAAGGUCAAGCUCUUCUGCCUCACGGACCGCGCGCUGCUCUGCUUCUUCUGCGAUGAGCCGGCGCUGCACGAGCAGCACCAGGUCACCGGCAUCGACGAUGCCUUCGAGGAGUUGCAGAGGGAGCUGAAGGAGCAGCUUCAGGCCCUUCAGGACAGCGAGCGGGAGCACACCGAGGCGCUGCAGCUGCUGAAGCGACAGCUGGCCGAGACCAAGUCUUCCACUAAAAGCUUGCGGACCACCAUUGGGGAGGCGUUUGAGCGGCUGCACCGGCUGCUGCGUGAGCGGCAGAAGGCGAUGCUGGAGGAGUUGGAGGCCGACACGGCGCGCACACUCACGGACAUCGAGCAGAAAGUCCAGCGUUACAGCCAGCAGCUGCGCAAGGUGCAGGAGGGGGCCCAGAUCCUGCAGGAGCGGCUGGCCGAGACCGACCGCCACACCUUCCUGGCCGGGGUGGCCUCGCUGUCUGAGCGGCUUAAAGGGAAAAUCCAUGAGACCAAUCUGACCUAUGAAGACUUCCCAACCUCCAAGUACACGGGCCCCUUGCAGUACACCAUCUGGAAGUCCCUGUUCCAGGACAUCCACCCAGUGCCCGCCGCCCUGACCUUGGACCCGGGCACUGCCCACCAGCGCCUGAUCCUGUCCGACGACUGCACCAUCGUGGCCUAUGGCAACCUGCACCCACAGCCGCUGCAGGACUCGCCCAAGCGCUUCGACGUGGAGGUGUCGGUGCUGGGCUCCGAGGCCUUCAGCAGCGGCGUCCACUACUGGGAGGUGGUGGUGGCGGAGAAGACCCAGUGGGUGAUCGGGCUGGCCCACGAGGCGGCCAGCCGCAAGGGCAGCAUCCAGAUCCAGCCCAGCCGCGGCUUCUACUGCAUCGUCAUGCACGACGGCAACCAAUACAGCGCCUGCACCGAGCCCUGGACCCGGCUCAACGUCCGCGACAAGCUUGACAAGGUGGGCGUGUUCCUGGACUACGAUCAGGGCCUGCUCAUCUUCUACAACGCCGACGACAUGUCCUGGCUCUACACUUUCCGCGAGAAGUUCCCGGGCAAGCUCUGCUCCUACUUCAGCCCCGGGCAGAGCCACGCCAAUGGCAAGAACGUGCAGCCGUUGAGGAUCAAUACCGUGCGCAUCUAGGGCGGCGGAGGGAGCCCCAGACGCCGCCUGCGCCGCGGCCACCCGCAGGAGCGCGGCCCAGGGGAGGAGAGGCCUGGACUCCGGUCCAGCGUGGCCACCGUGAGGUCUCAAACCGCUUGUUUACCCUUCAGCCUCCGUUUCCCGUCUGUAAAAUGGAGGUCGUGCU